AUGUGGUCCACUGAGAGCAUGGAGCCUGAGAAAGCACACACCCAGAGCAGCUUCUACAACAAGGUGGAUGUGCCUGACCAUGCUCACUACAUCGUGGCCCUGUUCGUCUUCGUCAUCGGGGUGCUGGGCAUCACUGGCAAUGCGUUGGUUAUGUUUGCCUUCUACAGUAACAAGAAGCUCCGUAGUCUGCCCAACUACUUCAUCAUGAACCUGGCGGUCAGUGAUUUCCUAAUGGCAUUCACACAGUCCCCCAUCUUCUUCAUCAACUGUCUCUACAAGGAAUGGGCUUUUGGAGAGAUGGGCUGCAAAAUGUAUGCGUUUUGUGGUGCCUUGUUUGGCAUCACCUCCAUGAUAAACCUGCUGGCCAUCUCUAUCGACCGUUACCUGGUAAUAACCAAGCCUCUGAGGGCCAUACACUGGAGCUCCAAGCGCAGAACCACACUGGCCAUCCUCCUCGUAUGGCUUUACUCUUUGGCCUGGAGUCUGGCGCCUCUAAUUGGCUGGAGCUCCUAUAUCCCAGAGGGCCUGAUGACAUCUUGUACAUGGGAUUACGUCACAUACACCUUGGCCAAUAGGAGCUACACGAUGAUGCUGUGCUGUUUUGUUUUCUUCAUUCCACUAGGAAUCAUCUUUUACUGCUAUAUUUUCAUGUUUCUGGCAAUACGAAAGACCAGCAGGGAAGUGGAGCGUCUUGGGACUCAGGUCAAAUCCACUCUGAUCCAGCAGAAGUCGAUCAAGAGCGAGUGGAAGUUAGCAAAGAUUGCCUUUGUCGUCAUUGUGGUUUAUGUCCUCUCCUGGUCACCAUACGCCUGCGUCACAAUGAUUUCCUGGUCCGGGCAUGCAAAUAUCCUGUCCCCAUACUCCAAGGCCGUCCCUGCAAUUAUAGCAAAGGCUUCAGCUAUCUACAAUCCAUUCAUCUAUGCUAUUAUACACAACAAAUACAGGAUGACUCUGGCAGAGAAGGUUCCCUGCCUGUCCUUUCUGUCCCCUACUCCCCGAAAGGAAUGCAUCUCCUCCUCCAUCAGUGAAUCCUCUUUCAGGGACUCCAUCAUCAGCAGACAGUCAACAGCAUCACGGACUCACUUUAUAACAAGUUCUUCAAACUCACCUGCAAUGAUGUUGAGGGAUGUGGAGAUGGAAUCCUUGGGAAGGAAGUCGUGUGAUUCUUUCAGAAGCAUGUCGUCAUACAAUCAGUCUGUUAGAGGCAGGUCCUACAAGAAACGGUCUCUAAAUACCUCUAAGAUAAAGGCAGUGGAGAAGCAUCCAUCUACCACAUGUGAUUCAUCAAGCAACUGUGAGCAUGAACUUGUUUCUGGCUCUCUUACCAUCGCCACUGUCCCCCUACUAGUUCUUGCCAGGAGGCGCAGUCACAGUCUGACCUACAAGGUUUCUGAUGCAGGCCAGGAAAAAUGCAGCAUCAGCAAUACGCAGAGUUACCACAAGAGCAACUCUUUUGAUUCCCUGAGCGUUGGAAAGAUAUCAUCCACUGAUCCCAGGACGCCUCAGGGUGUUCCACGCAUCAUCGUCAUCAGUCCAACAUCUGAAAGCAGCCUCAUCAAGCAGGACAGUGUCUGCUUGGAAGACAGCGUUGAGGGAAUGGAGAACAAUGUUUUUGUCAGCAUGAACUUCUCCUCAGAAGUCUUUCAGGCAGUGGAGCUUCUCUCUUGAUCAGCUGGACAAUAGUGACCCCGUGUAAUCUUUUCCUAUUAGGUUUAUUCUUUAUUAUAAUCUGGGACCAUAGAGCACACAACACUUUCCUCUGGUAAUCAUCCACUGAAGUAAUGACUCACUGUCUGUGUCUAAGUUUGAUGACUCAUAUUAAUGCCAAGAUAACUGAAGUGCAGGGGGAAAGUAGGCAUGGCAAGUUAAAGCUAUGUGUACCUGGUAUUCAAUGUGCAGUGCUUGACAGACUGUCACAAGGACAGGGUUGAUCUGAGGGGCAGCAUGGUAGGGAGCACAUUUCUGUUCGCUUCCUUAAAAAAUAACAAGUGAUACGUUUUUUUCAUGAACUUUUUGCCAAAGCAGGACAGACACAUACAAAUCAGAGUGCCGCUAUUUGAGCUUAAAGUAAGAACCUGUGAUGUGAAUGUUUGAGGUGAAAAUUGUAUGUUUUGUUCAUUUUGGCCAACUCUAUUGAAGCACAGCGAUGCAGUUACUUUAGGUUGAGAGGAUGUAGUAAAAGUAUACAAAGUAAAUAUGCUAAAUUCUUGUCUUGUGGUAGUUGCACUGUAUGGUCCUCUCUAAGUUUCCGUUGGCUUGCAGACACUGUAAUGGACCAAUAAGGCUGUUGAUCAAAUACAGCAGUUUGCAGUGACUAUAAUUUAUCUUGCUCAUA